AUGGAUCUCCCCAACCCUUAUCAAGGAGAAACCAGGGGACGCAAGGCCACACAAUGGCUGGAUUGCAUGCUGCUUUGGGUAGCCCUACACAGGGAUCAAUUUGACAAAGAAGAGCAGAUGGUCGUGUGGAUACUUUACCACAUGACAGACAAAGCAGCUGAUUGGGCACUUCCCCUCAUAGGGGCCAUCAUCAAGGGCGAGGGAAACCCGCCAACCACUAUCCCGGCCUUAACGGCCAAAUUUAAAGAAGCCUUUGCAGACCCAGACGCAAAGCGGGCGGCCGCCAGAAAAAUCGCCGUGCUUACUCAGACCACCACCACCUCUGAGUAUGUCACCGAGUUCCGCAACCUUAUGGCAGAGCUUGACUGGAAUGAAGAGGCGUACAUCGCCCAAUUCACACGCGGCCUUCACUGGAAGGUUAAGGAACUCCUGUCCACCAAGGACAACAUCCCCAACGAGCUGGAGGCUAUAUUUGCUGCCUCCAUCAAAAUUGACAACACCCGUUGGGAGAACGAGGAGAACCGGCCAAAAAAGGCACCAGCCAAAUCCCCGGUCACCGCAACCACUUCCACAACCACCACCCAACGGGUUUGCCUAUUGGAGGACCCAAAUUACCUCACCCUGGAAGAAAGGGAUUGCCGCCGUGCAUCAGGGCUGUGCGUUAAAUGCGGACAAAAGGGGCACGGCAUCAAACAAUGCCCCAAUGGCUGGAAGGCCACAAUCAAGGAGGCCGCCAAGAUAGGGGAAGUCGUGGAGUUGGAAAAAGAGUAA